AUGGCCAUUUCGGCGAUGGUCUGUUUUUACUUUGUCGCACAAAUGUUGGGUGCAUGGAUGGGAUAUGGAUUGUUGAUGGUAAUGACUCCAGCUGAUAUUUUUGCUCCACUCGGCGCUACUGGACCAGCGUUGUGUGUGACCGCAUCACAUGCAGAUUUGACACCAUUCCAAGCUGUUGCAAUGGAAUACAUUUCAACAACGGUACUCAUUCUGAUCUGUGGUGGUGUGUGGGACCCAAGAAAUGCCCAACAACAAGACUCAAUCCCACUGAAAUUCGCCUUUGCUAUCACAGCUAUCGGAACCAUUCUCGGUCCAUACACCGGUGCCAGCAUGAACCCCGCAAGAUCAUUUGGACCAGCGCUAUGGAAUCAAGAUUUUACCAUGCAUUGGAUCUAUUGGGUGGGUCCAUUGCCAGCCGGCGUCAUCACUGCCAUCAUCUACAAAACCGUGUUCCGGCGAGAGGUUGAACAGAAACGGCCAUCACAAGUGUCCGACAUCGAUCGCAAAGUAAAUGCUUGUGACUGUGUACCUCUUAAAAGAAUUCCAGUUUAAAGUGCUUGACUGAACUCAUUAGCCACUUUGUUUGAUAUGCUUCACAUUCGUUUAUUCCUUGCACUCAUGUACAUAAGCACGCAUGCACACACGCUACACCCAGCAAAUCACUAAUUGAUGAAAUACAUUUCUGUGCGGUUUGAAAUUUAAGUUCGAAAAAUUAGAUAAAAGAAAUUGUUUUCUCAUAAGAAGAAAAAAAAAUCGACGAUAUGAACAGAUGAUUCAACAUUGAGUAUGAUGGCGGCGCCAUCAUAGCGGAACAUUUCGAGAGCAAACACGAGCUGAAUGAGUGUAAUAGUUGAAAAAAAAAGGAAAAUAUUCGUGAUUUUUAUCAUGGUUCCUGAAUAUUUAUCAAAAGUUUACCGAGAAUCACACAAUUUCCGGGCAGUGUGUACCAAUUUAGCCAAUUUCUGUUGAAAAGUGCACAGAUCAUCUUUUUGUGCAUUGAGAAAACCAAGUCAAAUUUAUUGAUUAACGAAGAAAUCGUUUUAUCGUUGCUUUUCAAUUCGUUUGCAGCGAGAAUUAUCGCAGCAAAUUCACAGUUAUUUAUACUUGCAAUAGUCAUUGGUGAUAUUUGAUUGAUUCGGACCGUUGUGGUUUUGGCAAAGAUUUCCUUCGUUGCUCCACUUUAUUCUUUCUGAACCGCGUUGUGAAAGACGCAAAUUGUUUCUUUGGAUCGUCUGUUUCUCCCGACCAAUUGUUUUAGAGUUUGGAAUUUCCAAACAAUGAAAACAAUCUAUUAGAGCUAGUGUACAUGAGACUUUGUAAAGAUUCCAGCCAAAAUUCCCGAUCAAAUCGCAAUUUGAAACGAACUUUGCUACUUUUGGUCCAAGAAUUUCAGAAGAAAAAAAAAUUUAUUUCGUAGGCCAGAUUUACCCUUUCAAUGUGCGAAUCAAGAAUUCGAUUCAAUUAAAUAAAAACUUGUAAUUUGAUUCAAUCUUUGUUUAAAAUUUGGUUCAAUCUUUGUCUAAAAUUGCCGUUUUGGUGGAUUAUCCACAUGAAAAACUCAGUUGCGUGUCGAGAUGCAUGUGUCAUGUGCACGAAAGGAGGGAAAAUGCACAUUGCCGUCAAACCGAUAGUUAUGUUGUUUGACAGUGCUGUAGUCCAGCCCUUUUUUUAUUUCCAUCAAAUUGCAACAUUACAUGCGCGCAAACUUCACACAACCAACACUCCUAUUGGACAACAUUGACGGCAUAUUCCCCUUCAUAUGCACAUUUUGAACAAUCGCAACGUGAACUUUGUGAACGUUUUUUCAAGUUACCGACGAAGGAAAUUUAGAUGUUUAUUGCUCCUCAAAAACGUACUCCUCCAUCAACCCAUUAUUUACCAAGUGUUCGAAACCCAUUUUUUUUCCAGAAAUCCAACAUUUUGUUUGGAAAAUUCUGUUUGGAUUUAAAUCAAACUCUUUGUAAUAAAUAUAAAAAUUACAUAUUAUGUAUGGAUGUAUGCAUCAUUCAAACCAUGGGCUAAAUUUCAACUACCAGACAAAAUCCGAGAACUAAAAGUCACCAAACUAAAGAAAUUCAAUCAAAAAUCACCAAAACCACCAUUGCAUUUGUAGUCUAAGCGAAAACUCGUUACAUUUUAAAAUAGUCCGUACUGUGCCGUUGGCAAGCAACUAGACAACCAAUUACCAUUUGAAAAUUGUAUGCUUAAAAAAUUGUAUUAAUUUGUUGUUGUAUUUUAACCAUUUUCCAAUGUUAAGUGUUAUGCGAGAUUAAAUUAAGCAAUAAUUUAAAUGUUUUAUUGUAACCACACACAUGUUUGAA